AUGGGCCACACGAGCAAGUUUGCCAUCGGUUUUGGCACCUUUGUCGGGGUGAUCGUAUUAGCCGUCCUAAUCAAAAAGUGUUUCUGCAAGAAAGAAAAAGAGUUUCACAUUGGGGGUGAGGACUCAGACAUGUCCUAG